UGCGAAAGGGAGAGGGAGGGGUGAAUUUUAGAGAGCAGGAGAAUAACGCGCACACACACGAAAGAGGUUUAUAAUGGUGUGUGGCUCCACUGACAAGGGAUCGCGAGCGGGCUACACUGCUGGGAGUAAACAUGGCUCAGCCUGAUCGGUUGCACUUGUUGUCAGCGGGUUUCUGUUUUUUAUUGAUCGCCUUAUUGAGCACAAUACGGAUUUGUAUUGCGUUUAACUUAGAUGUUCAAUUCCCGGUGAUUAAAGACGGAAAAACCAAAGACAGUUUCUUUGGAUUAUCCGUGGCGUUGCACAAGCAGACGAAAGGAGCGUCCAGAUACCUACUCCUCACCGGAGCACCGAAGGAGAAAGCCCAGCCCCAGCUGAGAGUGAAUGAGACUGGGGCCGUCUACUCCUGUCCCAUCACCAUCGACCCCUCCGACUGCUCCAGGAUGGACCUGGUCAGCUCAGUGGCCCCCAAUGAGAUUGUCGAGGGGAUGUGGCUGGGUGUGACGGUGGCCAGCCAGAAGGAUCAGUGGGGAGGACGAGUGCUGGCCUGCGGUCACCGCUACGUGAAGGUGGUGGGCCCCGAGCUCUCUCUGUGGAGGAUGGUCGGGAAGUGCUACGUACGGGGGAACGACCUGACCUACAACCGCACCGACGAGUGGCAAAACUUCCCGUACGACAACUGCAACCCGGACGAGGACCACGUGAGGGAGGGGCUGUGCAACAUGGGCAUCUCUGGUGGCAUCAGCCAUACGGACGUCUACAUCGGCUCCCCUGGCAGCUUCAAUUGGCAGGGCAAUGUCCAUGUCACGUGGAGGAACCCCGUUCCUGAAGAUUCCUGGGACUCCAGGACCAAAUCCUUUCCGGAUUUCAAGAAGAGUUACUCCUACAUGGGUUACUCGGUAACUGAGGAGAAGAACCUCCUCAGCAUGAAUGAGUACACGGUGGUGACAGGGUCUCCACGGGACGAUAACAGGGGCUCAGUCACUUUGGCAAAGAUUGAAGACACCCUGGCCGUCGUGUUAAUCCUGAACGGGGAGCAGGUUGGUUCCUAUUUCGGAAACUGCAUCGCCACCACUGACCUCAACAGCGACGGGUGGAACGAUCUGCUCGUGGGUGCCCCUUUCUAUUUUGACCGCAAGGGGGAGAAAGGUGGAGCAGUUUAUGUCUACAUGAACGAGAACGGCUCCUUCCGGACCAAUCCCAGCAUGACUCUCUUCGGCUUCACGGGUUCUGCGUUUGGGAUGAGCGUGGCCGCCAUCGGGGACAUCAACCAGGACGGGUUCCAAGAUUUCGCAGUGGGUGCCCCGUUUCAUGGGACUGGCAAGGUUUUCGUCUGGAUGGGUAGCCAGAAGGGCAUUGCUGAGGAGCCCAGUCAGGUGAUUGAAGGGAAGGAUGUGGGCAAUGGAGGCUUCCAGACGUUUGGCUAUUCCAUUAACGGUGGCAUGGACAUGGACCAGAACAAGUAUCCCGAUGUCCUGGUCGGCUCCCUGGACAAUCGAAUCGCUCUGCUUCGGGCCCGUCCCGUCAUCCAUCUUAAUAAAACCUUCAUUGUGGAGCCAGUUCUUGUGGACCCCAGCCAAUGUUCCAGUGAUUCAUGUGUGACAGUGAAGGUGUGCUUCUCCUACACUCUCAGCAACGGAGACAAGGACUUCAAGGAGAAAAUCACCGUCAGGUACACCGUGAAGGCCGACAGUGCCAGACGCAGCUCUCGGCUCCGUUUUGUUGACAAGCAAGACGAAUUCAUCGGCUUCCUGUCCAUCCUCCAGCCCUCCAGCACGUGCCAGGAACUGAAGCUCAGCGUGGUGGAACCGCUGCGGGACAAGCUUCAGCCGGUCGUCUUCUCCCUCAGCGUGUCGCUGGACGAGGGGAAGCCCAGUGCCCCACAGGCGCUCCAAAACCUGGACUCCUUCCCCGUGCUGGACAAAGACCAGCAAGUCGUGAACAAAACAGAGAUUCACUUUCAGAUGGAAUGUGGGUCAGACAACAAGUGCAGCAGUAACCUGCAGCUGCGGGCAACGUUCGCCAGUGAGCAGCAGGUUCCGUUCCCCAGUAAGGACGGCCAUCAGGUGAUGCAGUAUAACUCCGGGGUGAAGAAGCUGAUGGUGUUGGUGGAUGUGACCAACCUGCCGGCCCCAGGAAAGCUGGCCGAGGACGCCCACCAGGCCCUGCUCAACCUCACUGUCCCAUCCGCACUUCACUUCUCUGGGGUGCGCUCCUCGGACAAAGAAGUUGAGUGCAGAGUGGAAACAACGGUGUUGUGUGAACUGGGGAACCCCUUCAAAAGCAACCACGAGGCCAACAUCCUAAUAAUAUUUGAGACGUCUGGGAUUAGCUUAUACACUCAAGAGAUCCAAAGCACUCUGCAGUUGUCCACGUUGAGUGAACAGAGUGAUCUUGACCCACAAUCCAUUGCCCUAAUGGUGGAGUAUACACUCCAGACAACAUUUGCUGUAGUCCCCCAUAAAACGCGGGCUGAAUUCAGUGGGACAGUGAUGGGUGAAUCAGCCAUGAAGUCCUUCGAUGACAUUGGGAGCCCUGUGGAGUAUACCUUCACGGUGAAUGUGCUGGGCAUGCCCCUGGGAACCAUGGGAAAUUUGGAGGUGGAGUUCCUCUGGCCCUACGAGGUCGCCAAUGGCAAAUGGCUGCUGUACCCAACAGAGAUCUUGACCAAUGGGGUAUCAGACUCACACUGCAUCCCCCCCGGAGAUAUUGUCAACCCACUAAGGCUUAAUGCAUCAGAGUCCAAUGCACGGAGGAAGCGGGAGGUGGAUGGUUCUGAGCCCAGGCAGAUCGAGCCCCUGGCAGCCAAUACCUUACGCAUACCACAGCGGAAGAACAUCGUCCUGGACUGUGAACUAGGCAAAGAUGUGAAAUGCGUGAAGUUCUCCUGCCCUCUUCAAAACAUGAACAACUCUGCGGAGGUGAUCGUCAGGGCACGGGUGUGGAACAGCACCAUGUUGGAGGACUACAUCGAUGACCAUAUAACCGUGAAAGGCCUGGCUACGCUGAAACUGGUGACUGACAGACCUGCCCUCAAGAUGGACAGCGCCACCAGAAAGUUUGUUCUGGAUAUAGACCCAAAGGUGACGGACAAGCCUCUGUACCAGGCCCCCAUGUGGAUCAUCAUCGUUUCUGUGUUGGCCGGCGUGCUGCUCCUGGCUUUGAUCAUCCUCAUGCUGUGGAAGUGCGGCUUUUUCAAGCGGGCUAUCUACUACAGGUUAAUGCCAAAGUAUCAUGGCGUGAAAAUUCGCAAGGAGGAGCGCUACCAGCUCAGUCAAGGUUUCCUGACUGAGAACCCGAGCAAGAAACACUGGGUCACCAACUGGACAGAAAUCCACCAUCUUUACUACUGAUCCCCAAGCCCCUCCUCCAGGGCCUCUGGGGGAGGUGGUGAUUGGAGGACUGCAAUUUGCCCCACCCAGAGUUGGGUGGGACCACUCAAGUUCAGACAUCUUUGUGAGAACUUGACCAGUGGUUUUUGUGCAUUAUAUUUGUUUUUUGUUUUUUUUGUUUUGUUUUUUUGUUUGUUUUUGUCUUCCUUGUGUCAUCAAAAUGUUUUCUUUUGGUGCAAUAUUAUUUCUGCUAUGCUGUUCUGAACAGAUAGUGGAAGUUAAUUGAAUGUACAUUGAUCUGGUUUCCUUGUUUUUUUUUUUUUUUUUUUUUUUUUUAAAGCACUAGAACUUCUAUAUUUUCUGUCAAAUCUACAUUCCAGGUAUGUUUUUUCAUGCUGUGCAUUAUGUUUAAAUGCUUGUUCUUGGCUUGUAACUUGAUUUCCUGGAUUUAUUAUAUGCUGGUGAGAUUAGCUGUCAUAAAAAUUUGACCGUGUGAUUGUCUGAGCUUACAAUAACUUGUAUUGGAUCCCGGAAUUUCUUAAGUACAGAGAGUGAUUCUGUAGUGACUGACCGAGUUAUUCCCUGCCACUGGAAAUCCUCAAACCAGGGUUAGACUGAAUGCCCACUGUCACCCCCCUUCUGCCUCUUGUCCUCCUUGUGCUAAGUCUAAAAAUCUUAUGGAUGGUAUGUUAUCGUGCAGGUUGUAUUAGUGGUAAGUUUUGUUCGGAUCAAGGUUUCAUAGCCUAAUGUAAAGGUUAAAAAGCUGAGUUCUCUCUGAUGACCGUACUGUCUGCUGUAUUUGUACUGCUGUGUGGUUUUGUGCUAUUAGUAUAUCAUUAAUGAGACUGGCCUCAGCCAACAACUGUAGUUCAAGUCAUUAAUAGGUGUGUACGUGCGGGUGGAUUUAACACUUGGUGUGUUUAUAGACCACUGUACAGUGCCCUACUGAAGAAAUAUGGACUCAAGUCAACUGACUUGAUCGUUCAGUAAAGCAAUGUGUGUGCUGUGAGAUGUUGCCAUGCAAAUGACUGGGUUUUCUUUUUUUCUUUUUUGUAAAACCUAUUCUGGAAAAUCAUAAUUUUAGACUGAUCAAAACUAAGAAGGUUGUGGACAUAUUAGGUGACUUCAGUUUACAGUUGUUGAAUAACUGGCUUGUGCAUUGAGGAAUUUAGAAGGAAAGGAGUACUGGGAGUCAACACUUUCUAUUCUUAUAUUGUUUAUUGUACCAUGUACAGUAUGUUGUUUUUGGUGUCUGAGAAGGUCAUAACAUUCCACAUAGACUGAGGGGUGAGCCAAAAAAUGUUCCAAAUGGCACUGCUGUUCGAGUGCCACCCAGUGGUCAAAAAGUAUUUCUCAACCAAAGCUAUUACAGUGCUACAUUACAAGUGUCUGAGGAGUAAGUAGUAGGCUGUGCACCUGUUUUAUGACUAAUUAUAGUGAGCCUUAAAAAUUGAGGGACAUAUUAUUAUUGCUAAAACUUUGAGGAGAUAGGGUCUGUGCUGAUUGGUUGAUUGAACUCUCCCAAAGUACAAUACUCACAAAGUUACACAAUGUUGUAUCAGCACAAUGUGACAGACAAGAUCUCCUGGUAGCUAUGGUAUCUAAGGAGGAUUCACCAUUAGGUUCAUGGGACAGCACUGGCCUUCCAAGAAUGAAGUGGUCCUGUCUCCGUUCCCCACCGGGAGGACUCCGCUGCGAUACACCCUGACUUGCCCUAUAAUCCCCCCCCCCCAAUCAAAUGCAAGGCCAGAGCCUUUUGAAAUGAGAAACUUAAAGCAUUGCUCAAUCGUGAUUUAUUAGUGCUGUUUCAUGAUUUCAUCAUUGUCCUCUUGUGGCGUGAUCUGCUGUGAUUGUCAGGAAAUCAGAAAACGAAUCUACCAAUCUGAGGGCAGAUUUUAGCUCAAGGGAGCUCUAGGCUGCUGUAGAAAUCCUUGCAGCUUGAAGACGGUCGGCACUAGACAGAGUGAAUUUGUAUUCCACAUGUUCUAUAAGCCAUUCUGCAGCAGCUGCACAGAUGCUGUGAAUGAAAGGGCUUUUAUAGUCUUUGAAUUCUGAACUUUAAUAUCUUCUUCACGUUAGCCUUUCUUAUGUGUAAUACCUGUUGUAUGUUUAAAGAACAUAUUUCUUGUACUUUUUUUCCAUAUAACUUUAUAUAAUGCGGACUUUUGCUGACUCAAAGGUUGUUAAAACGCAUGACUUACAAAAAGCAACAGUAAUGUUUAUAAUCAUUCAAUAAUGUAUUUUAAAAUGAUUACCUCUGCAAGCAUCUUAAAAGUUCAGUCAUCAUUCAUUGAUAAAUAUUCUGAUACACUGAAAUACACAGAAAAAUAUUCAGGUACCGCACCUCAAAUGACCAAAUAUUAAUAUUUAGAGCUCCCUUUACCUAAGAUGCUGCAAUAAGUGCUAGGUACUGUUCUUUUUGUGGUGGAUGGGGCCAAAUGUCUGUCUAGCAAAUAGCUAUUUUGUGUAUGUAUGUAUUUAAGCACAUGAUGACUGUUUUAAAACAUGCCGGCAUUGUUUCUUUUUUGUACUGAACUAUCUCAAUGUUAUUAAAGUAUUUUUAAAUAA